UUGAUAACUCCAUACAAUUAUACACGAUGUCUACCUUCGAACCAGUUGUUGUCAUUGACGGUAAGGGCCACUUGUUGGGUCGUUUGGCCUCCAUUGUGGCCAAGCAAGUCUUGAACGGCCAAAAGAUUGUCAUUGUCAGAGCCGAAGCCUUGAACAUCUCCGGUGAAUUUUUCAGAAACAAAUUGAAAUACCACGACUACUUGAGAAAGUCCACCAGAUUCAACAAGACCCACGGUCCUUUCCACUUCAGAGCCCCAUCCAGAAUUUUCUAUAAAGCCGUCAGAGGUAUGAUUCCUCACAAGACUGCCAGAGGUAAGGCUGCUCUUGAAAGACUCAAGGUAUUUGAAGGUGUCCCACCUCCAUACGACAAGAAGAAGAGAGUUGUUGUUCCCCAAGCCUUGAGAGUCUUGAGAUUGAAGCAAGGUAGAAAAUACACCACCGUCGGUAAGUUGUCCUCCGCUGUCGGCUGGAAGUACGAAUCCGUCGUUGGCAAGUUGGAAGAAAAGAGAAAGUUACAGGCUGCCGAAUACUACGCCAAGAAGAAGGCCUUGACCAAGAAGAUCACUGCUGCUAAGGCUUCCACCGCCGAAUCCGAAGUUGCUCAACAAUUAGCCACCUUCGGUUACUAAGCGUCCUUGUGUAUUAUGUGAGGCUCUGGCUUUGGCUCGAGCCUAGCAACGACUAAAACGAAGUGUAGCUGGACGGACGACCUUGUCGUUUGUCUGGUGUUGCUUCACCCUCCUUUUUCUUAUUAAUAUCAAUACAUGCAAAUACAAAUUGUCAUAGAGUAGCGGAUAUGUAGAAAAAGAAUAUUUUAUCUUAC